AUGUUGUCCUUCGGCCUCGUCUCCUGCGGCUUCUCCGCAACCCCGCUCGUCUGCGAGGACGAUCAGACCCCCUGGGUGAACAACAUUUGCCUCUGGCACGGACUGCGCGACGACAACCCGGACCUUGAGGGCGGCAAGGGACCGAUCGAGGACGCUUUGCAUCAAAUCGACUGUGGCGAGGAGAGUGCCUUUGGACCCAAUGUUCAAUCCGGCGCGGACGUUACGGUGGGGUCGUCUGGCCUGCUUGACGCAACCCUCUCUCCCGUUGAAACGCAUUUCAACGAGGCGGGUAUGUGCGUCGUCAACGUGCACUGGCACCUCGGCGCCGAGCACAAGAACGUUGGCACGUAUGACAUUGACGGCGAGGAGUGGAUGGAGCAGCACGGAAAGACGAAGCCGAAGGCCCACGGCGCGAAUGUCGUGCCAGGCCACGGCUACGGCUACGGCAAUGUCAAAGGUGCCGUCCCCCUCGGCGAGCACGACGAUAUCGACCCAGGCAACUUUUGCCCAGGCUACGACGAGGCGUUGCUCCUCCGUAGCCCUGCCUGUGCCCAACUGCGCACUGCCCAACUGCACGUGGGCUUCACCUACGAAAUCCACUGGCCCCACUCCUCGCUGGGCGCCUGCGGCACCCCCUGGCAGAUGCAGUCGCACUUCAUGGACGGCGUGCUCUGCAAGGCCAACGAAGCCGACAUGGACCCUGGAGACGCUGUGGCGGCCGUCCUUGACGGUACGGCCAAGAUUGGUGUCCAAGGGAUGGUCGUUAUGGUGGUCAAUGACGCCGCAUAUGACUACCCGGAGUGGAAUAUGAUGGAGGGCUGGCAUCCGGACCUCGUGACUGACGGCUCCACCACGGGGCAAAAGCACGGCAACGACUUCACACCCGGCGCAAAGGCCUGCAAAGGCACCGGCGGAGCCGUCACCUGGCAGAUGGACCGCGGCUGCCACAAGGUCUCUGCCAAGUCUGUUGACAACCUGUGCAAGCAGAUGCUGGCCAACAGCGAGUACCCGCUCUGCGGCGACAGCAUGAAGGACUCCACCCCUGUCGGCGACACCUACCCGCACAACGCCCGCGAGACCACCGUCGCAGCAAUCACGACCAGCCAGACGAUGGAGGAGGGCGUCGACUUUGGUCGCGCCCGCUAG